CUUCUUUUGUUUCAUUUGGCUUGCGCGAUUCAGAAUUAGGGUUUCAUCUUUGUGGAGCCCUUUGGCCCUAGCCGCCUGUUAGAGAGAGAUUACUCCUUUCCUGAUUUUCUCUUCUCCUCUUUUCUUGAAAACGAACCUCGAUUCGCUUCUGUAGCUGAACGAUUUGGUCAAAACACAAACACUCACAACCAUCCAUAUAAAGCUUUUAUUUUAACCGAAGAUGUCUCGGUGUUUCCCUUUCCCCCCUCCAGGUUAUGGUGCACGUAGCGAGGCCUUGAUCGAAUCGAUUAAGCUCCGAGAGGAGAUAGAGAAGAAGAGGAGAGAAAAGAUAGAGAAGAAGAGAAUCAAGAAGGAGAAGAAGAGGGCGAAGGAGGAGAAGAAAGAGAUAAGGAAAGAGAAGAAAGAAAGGAAACAUAAAGAAGGAACAACUGCAGCUAUUAAUGGCAGUGACGAUGACAAGAAGUUCAAGCUCAUUAACGAUAUUAAGGAAACCAAAGCAGAUGGGAAGUUGCAAAAGGGUGAAGUCUGUGACAAUGAACUACUUGAGAGGAGUGGAAUUACAGAGGAACUUGAACAACCUGUUACUUCUCGGGAGCCUUGCUGCUUGUCUGACAGUACUCAAAGCAGUAAGAGGAAAAGGGGCUCCCCACAAGCAACCCAUGAAAAUGGACCUGCCAUUAAAAUCCGACUCCCUCUAAGAAAGCACAGUGAUCCUGAAGAAUUGAAUUCCAAAUCAAAAUUUAAUGUGAGGUCUUCUUCAGGAAAUGUGGGGGAUAGUGAACAUCCCUUAAAUAAAACUGGUCUUGCUACUGAGCAUCAGUCAAAAUGUGUCACUAACACAGGUCCCAAAGGGUCUAUUGGAAAAUCUGAUUCCAGCAGUGACAAAGUGUUGCAGAGUUCUUUUAGUGGAAAUGCAGUGGUCACUAAGAGUACUGUUGGAAGUGACAGUCAGUCACAAUAUCUCAGGACUUCAGAGCCCAAACGGGUUGUUGGAAACUUGGAUUCUAGACACCCCAAAUCUGUACACAGUUCAGUUCGUCCUGAUGUUGUGGUGGUUAAAGAUACGAUUGGAAAUGAUAGUCAGUCACUGUCUCUCAGGACGACAGAGUUCAAACGGGGUUCUCUUGGAAACUCUGUUUCUAGACAUGGCAAUGCAAUGCAGAAUUCUGUUCAUGGAGAUUGUGUAGUGGUAAAAAACACAGUUGGAAGUGAGCGUCAGUCACAGUCUCUCAGGACUGCAGUGCCCAAUGGUAUUCUUGGAAAAUCACAAUGUCUUCAGUUGAAAGAACCCAAACAGGUUCUUAGUAACUCUGGCAAAGUGAUACACAAUUCUAUUCAUGGAGAUUCUACUGGUGCUAAAAGUUCCACCCUUCAAAAUGAUCCUCAGACAUUACCCAAACGGGUUAAUGGAAACUCUGCUGCUAGACAUGGCAAAGCGGUGCAGAAUUUGGUUCAUGGAGAGGUUUUGGUGACUAAAAAUACUCCAGGAAGCUAUCAUCAGUCGAAAUGUCUUGCCAAGCCCAAACGGGUCCCUGAAAAACCUGAUUCUGAACAUGAAGCGUUGCAGAACAUUGUUCAUGGGGAUGCUGUGGUCGCAGACAUUGCUGUUGAUGAUGCCAUGGUCACAGAUAAAGCAGUUGAUGCCAUGGACAUAGAUAAAGUAGUUGGUGAUGCUAUGGAAAUGGUUAAAGCAGUUGAUGAUGGUAGUAAGAGAGUGGAAUCUUUGUACAAGUCUCUGUUACUUAUUCCUCCACUAAUGUAUGAUGGAUUUGAGUCAUUAGAUGAAGGUUGGUUAUUUAGUUCGGAAGCAGAGGCAAAACCGCCUGCCUCAAAGAAACAGAAGUGUGAUUCUGAUGUCUUCAAGCUUUCAAGUUCUAUGUGGCCUCGUGCAGAAUACUUCCCUGAGGUUGAUGUGUAUGCGCUGCCAUAUGCAGUUCCAUUUUGAUUUUUUUUCACAUUAGGUAGUUUCAAAGUAGAAAGCUGUGUUGAAUUUGACAGAACAGGAGAACUAUUGUUUUUUGAAAGAGGAAAAUCACUUACAUGGAAUGCGGGGAAAGAUUGCCUAA